CCCGGCGGAAGUGGUUGGUGGAAGUUAGGAAUUGCGGCAGCUAGCAUGCUAGGGCGUUGCGAACAGCAGACACUGGCAUUUUCCUCCUAUGUUUUCCUCAAGUUUUUAGUCUCGUACAAAUGACGUCGAGCAUUGGGAGAAAAAGUCGCGAGGGUCCCUGAAAGUUUUAACGCCUCUUCGCCUUUUUUGUGUUUGUUCACAACUAGACGCUAACGGGAGACGGCUUGUGACUAUAUGUCCCGUUAGCUUGACCACCCAGCCUAGCCUCCCUUUCCAUCCACGGGAAUUGUGCUGAGAGACGAUCGAGUGACUCCGUUCUGGAAACAUGGAGUCAAGGAGCGUCGAGCUGUGUUAACACAUACACUUCGCUCGGAUUCUCUUCUUCCUUCUCGAAGAGACUUUUUCGAAGGCUGGGGACGCAGAAAAGACCACUGGACACCUAUGCAGUGUUUUAUCCAGCGUUUGGGAUUCAGAUUUUGUUUGGUUUGCAGUAAAAACGAGUACACGACACGAAGUUCUUUUUCCUCCCAAUUGAGCUCAUUUGUUUUGUUAGCUGAAAGCUAACAAGUCUAAACUCUCAUUUCCUUUGAGGAUUCUUGUACAACCAAGCUUCACGCUAUUUUGCAGACUAUUUAUUUUCUGUUUUGCUCUUUUGUUUUAAACAUUACGGUAUCGAACGACUCUUCAGAGAAACGACAAGAAUCGAGCAGGAGAUACCAAACCGCAAAGUGCCGACUGGAGGAAUUUGACGGGAUCUCCCAGGGACGAUUGGUCCCUUAUUCGAACCGGACAGGGGUGGCGGCAGGCUGAUUACAUCGCCACAGUGUCCGUAAGGUUGGAAUACCCGAAAACUGGGACGUGAAUGCAAGGGUUACCCGCAUGCAAUCUGGACCAGCAGUGUUAUUUAUCACCGAGCGGAAGGAUAUACUCUUUACCCAGGCCCUGAUUCAUUUUUAGGGUCUGCACCAUUGCAAUCCAUCUUCCUCUGAUCCCCACGUUCCAUACAUUGAGGAUACUUGCCAUCUGCAUCUCGUUUGCAUCGUUUUAAUAUUUAUUUUAUUUUUUUUAAAAAAGCUAUUUGUCACGAAUGCCAGAGAAGGACGCUCCACCAAGUCGCCUCAUCACACUCUGGAAAAUGUUAAUCGGAUAUAAUUCUCUGCAAAUCUAGAACCGGAAGCCCAAUGAGUGACACACAGUCCAGCUUCACUGACAGGUGUCCCAAGAAAGCAAACCGAACCAGCAGCAUUCUCAGCAAAGACCACCCCCCGGACAAGAAACCUAAAAGUGACAAAACAUCACUACCCUCUAAUGAGUUUGACCCGACAGAAGCUCUGGUGGUGCAGAAGAGUGGCAGCAGCAGUGUGCUAGCAGAGGGGAAGCCUGAGUCCUGUGGUCUGGUCCAGCGAUGUGUCAUCAUUCAGAAAGACGAAAAUGGUUUUGGGCUCACAGUCAGUGGUGACAAUCCGGUGUUUGUGCAGCUCGUCAAAGAAGAUGGUGCUGCAAUGCGGGCAGGCGUUCAGACAGGAGACAGGAUCAUCAAGGUUAAUGGAACCCUUGUUACACAUUCAAACCACAUUGAAGUGGUGAAGCUGAUCAAAUCGGGCUCCUAUGUGGCCCUCACAGUACUGGGUCGCCCUCCGGGUCUUGCCCAAAUCCCCCUGUCUGAAGCCGAGUCCGAAAUGCUGGGCGUUACUAUUUCCUCCCCAAACUCGCCUGCAGCAGAACGCCCGUACAGUCCUCAUGACCGCCUCGCCUCCACGCCUCAAUGGGCGAUGAAGGAAGAGUACGGCCGCAACGCCUCCCCGAAACUACUGAAAGACAACCAGGAAGCUAAAACACACAUUCCACAGCUGCAGGGUCAGCUCUUCAAGGCCACCGGCGCAACACAGGAGGCUGCUCCAGGUGGAGAGGCAGAUGAUGGUAGCAUGUUUGAGACGGAGCGCACUCUCGCAGCGGGAGACCAAAGUGCUGACUUGUCCUGGAGCAGCAGCACACCCAUUUCUGGAUUUGGACUCGCCUCUCCAGAGAGUUUUUGCCAGAGGCAAUUGUCCGGCCCAAGUCCAAAGAGCACACCCAGGAACAGCUUCAACUCCUGCCACUCCCCGGGGACGGAAGAUGCCACUGAUCUGGACUCUUUGUCUCCCACCACAGUCAGCUGUCCCUCCUCUCGUCUCAUCUCACAUAUCAUUGGAGCUGAGGAUGACUAUUUUGAUUCUGACCAUGAGCAGACAAAUGGCCAGUUUAACCGCUUUACCAGCAUUGAGCAGCUCAAAUCUCGGCCCGCCCACCUUGCAGCUUUCAUGCAUCACGUUAUCUCUCAAUUCGAUCCUGCUCCGGUGCUGUGCUACCUCUAUGCUGACUUGUACAAGCAGACCAACUCCAAAGAGACCAGACGGGUGUUUAUGGACCUCCAUACCUUCUUCAUUGAUCGCGGAGCACACUUGAAAGUGCCAGUUCCGGAAUCAAUUUCUGCCGAUCUUGAUCGACGGCGGACAGAAUUGAUCCCCGAGGAAAUAAACAGACAACAUGUUCAAGCACUACAGGAUUCUUUGCUCCCUGACAUUCAGAAGAACCUUGAGGAUUUCAGACAAAAGCGCAGUAUGGGCCUAACUGUUGCUGAAGUGGAGUUGGGCAGGCUGGACCAAGAACGCGUGAGAGAUCGUGUCACCCUCGAGCGUGAACGCUCUUAUGCUGAAAACAUCAUAACCAAGAUAGAGGACAUCCUUGUUACGGCUCAGACGACAGAGGAGGAGAAGUGCACUACAAUGCAGUAUGUCAUUUAUACAUACAUGAAGCACCUUGGGGUGAGGGUCAAGGAACCCCGCAGCCUAGAGUCAAAACGGGUCAGGAUCAACUUUCUUCCUAAAAUUAAGAAAAGCAUUAAGACAGAAAAAGAUGGCGAAGAGAAGGUGAAGAAGCCCAGGUUUCCUAGUAUCCUCGGACCUCAGCGUCGACCGAGCCGCAUUGAAGCAGCAUCAGUGGGCAAAGCCCUUGACGGUCGGCCCAAGCCUCAGAAGCAAUUGUCUCAGCCCAGUCUUGGGGUCAGCGAACAAACAGACGGGGGUCGUUUAAGAAGCAGCCAAUCCAGCGAGGGCUCUGAGCUCACACACCCCACAUCGCUGACCACCUCAUCUCCUAACAACACCACCUUCAGCUCUGAUACCAGCCGAGACACGGACUCAGGUGGGACUCCAACUUCAGGCCCCACCAGGCUGAGUGACGGUCUUCAGUCUGAUCCCCUCGAUGGGUUGGCAUACCCUGCAUCGCACUUUGACCUUUACAGCCUGGACCAACUCCAAGAGGAUGACAGAGAAACUGACAGAACGCACGAGGGAACUCCAAAGGCCAUCAGAAGGCUCGAGGGAUUGGGUCCUACCGAUGUCCAGAGCGAGGACGACCAGGGAACAGACUCAGAACAUGACCCCCUCAACUGGCAGCAGCUGGUGGGACGCGAGGUUCUAGCAGGUCUCAGGCCUCUUGAAAUCAAGAGACAGGAAGUUAUCAAUGAGCUGUUUUACACGGAGCGUGCACACAUGCGGAUGCUGAGAGUUUUGGAUAACGUCUUCUACCAGAAGCUUUCAAAAGAUGCCAUCCUGCCUCCUGUCGACAUCAAAAACAUCUUUGCCAACUUGGAGGAGAUUCUACAGCUACAUGUUUCCAUUUUGGACCAAAUGGCUGCAGUUCGGAAGCGAAAUGAGUCGUCGGUCAUUGAUCAGAUAGGAGAUGACGUGCUGUCCUGGUUCAGUGGCGGAGAGGAGGAGAAGAUCAAGCAAGCCGUGGGCACGUUCUGCAGUAAUCAGCCUUUUGCUCUGGAGAUCAUCAAGACCAAGCAGAAGAAAGACUCGCGCUUCAUUUCAUUCAUCCAGGAGGCGCAAAGUAACCAAUUGUGCAGGCGACUGCAGCUGAAGGACAUUAUUCCUGUCGAGAUGCUGAGGUUCACCAAGUACCCACUGCUGCUGGACAACAUCUCCAAGUACACAGAUGAUGCAGUGGAGAAGGACAAGGUGAAGCAGGCAGCCGAUUGCUGUCGAAAGAUCCUCAAUCAUGUCAACCAGGCUGUAAAGGAAUCCGAAGACAAGCAGAGGCUCGAGGACUAUCAGAGAAGACUGGACCUAUCUUCUUUAAAGCAGACGGACAACCCAAUGAUCCUGGAGCUAAAGAACCUGGAUCUAACCAAGAAAACAAUGGUGCACGAGGGGCCACUGUCAUGGAAAGUGAACAAGGACAAGACCAUUGAGCUAUACACUCUCCUGUUGGAGGACAUCCUGGUCCUGCUCCAGAAACAAGAUGAGCGUCUCAUCCUCAAGUGUCACAGCAAGAACUUGGCGGGAACCGCCGACACCAAGCACAUUUUUAGCCCCAUCAUCAAGCUCAACACUGUGCUGGUGCGCUCGGUGGCUACAGACAACAAGUCCUUCUUCGUGCUCUCCAUGUCUGACAACGGUGCACAGAUCUAUGAGCUGAUGGCAUCCACUGUCUCGGAUCAGAGAACGUGGCAGAAUUUGAUCACGCAAAGAGCCGAAGCCAUGAAAGUCAAACCCCACAGCGUCAUACCUUUACCUCAGACAGAUGGGGAGCGAGAUGGUGUGGAGAUCAUCACAGAUGGCGUCUCUAAACUGAGUAAAGACCCAGACCGUACAUCCACUGGCAGCACUCAGUCCACAGAUAAAGAGAGCAGUCCAGCUGUGAGGCGUGUGGCUCCGAGCCCUCUUCCCGCUAACAAUCCAUUUGAGGCAGGGAAUGAAGAGGAGGAGGUGGAGGAAGGUUUUGUGGAUCCAGAGCUCCCAUACCGAGGGACCGAAGAUGGCAGCACAGAUUCCUUCAAUGUGUUUCCCUCUAGAGCGGAUGAAGCACUGAAAACAUUGUCAGCGUUGAAGCAGGUGUUGGUGACACAGCUCAUGUCGCAGGAGGCUGUAGAGCGAACCAAGCGGUCCACAGGAGCUCGCCUCCUCAGGACCACCUCGCUGAGGACACCAAUCGAGAAACGCGUGAUGGUCCACAACGGCUCGGAGAGGAACAACUCCCAGACGGAGGACCCCACGCAGGACUUGGGCUCCGGCGACACAGGCUUCUUUGAUUCUCCCGAAGAUUAUGCAGGAUUUUUAGUCCUGGAAGGAUACGGCGGGCCAGGGGAGAGCAAUACCGAUGAUGACAUGUCGCCUGCCGGGAAGCAGCUGAGUGCGUCUCAAGGCUGCGCUGCCGAUUCGGGCAUCAAUCUGAGGUUCUCCUCGGCCUCGUACGCUGGGAGCCUCUCAUCUUUUAGCAGACAGGUCCUGUCUCACCUGCGAAACCUUCAGGCCAACCUCAACCAUCUGAAGGAGGUUGAAGCCAAAUACAAUAAUCUUCGUCAGAGGCCGGAGAGAUCGACCACACACUCGGAUGGAAACAAAGAAAAGAGAUAGUGGAUGGACCACCUUUGUGUGUGCGUGUGUCCUGGACUUGGUGGAACGUCUAUAAGCUUGUCCUCUCACUGCUGAGCCCCCUUCCACUACCACCCCACCCUCCCCCGCCCAUGUCCUUUUUGUUGCUACCUAGAGCAAGAGACUGGGCGGAGUCCCCCCCAUCAGCACAAGGCAAUCAUCCAUAUUUCCACCUUACGCCCGCCUGCAAGAAAGAGAACUAACACCAAAAUGUACAAAGAAAUGUGGGUUUUAUAUACAGCACAUAUAUAUAUAGUAUAUAUAUACAUAAGUCUAUGUAUAUAUAUAUUUAGAUAUAUGAAACACAAAGCAAGAAAAGGAAAAAUUUAAGGUAAUGUAUUAAGAUUUUUUUUUAUCCCAAGAUGUAUUUAUUUUCUUUUUGUUUGGUUCUUUUUUUUUAAGAAAAAAAAAGGUGUUUCCUGCAUUGUGUGCAUGCUAUUGCUACUCUGCCUGCAUCUCCUUUCUUUCUUUUUUUGUUUUGUUCCUCUCUUUUCUAUAUUUCUUUCUUUCUUUCACACAGGGUUGGAGUGAGUUGUGAGCAAGGCUCACCCCGCUUGCAGUGUAGUCCCACUGAAAGAGGCCCAUGUAUAGUCCCUCCUCUUUGUUGUCUUUACAACGGAAGAUUUUACAUUACUUCCUGUGUGGCGUUGAACUAGAAUGAAGAGUCUCAGGGCUCUGAUCUGGUCCUGUUGCUUUCUUUCUCCUCUUCCUCCGCGCUUAUGGAUGUGCUCCUCUUCUUCCUCCCCCUCCCUUGCUUCCCAGUAUGUGUUCUUGCUCGUUCUGCCUGCGGGUGUCGGGCCGCUUCCUCGAGGAGGGCCCACUACUCUUCUUAACUGCCUGCUAUCUGUCUCCCCUAAUUCUGUCAUGAAGUUCAACAUGUACUGUACCACGAUCAUGUUGGAAGGUUAUGCAUAUCUUUAAUAAAUAAAUGGUGCCAUGACCCAUUCGAAAGGAAA